GCGCCUGCCCCGAUGCGGACACAGGAGUGCGUGCGGAGAUGCAUUCCGGUUUCCGCGUUUCCACUGCUUUCAGGAUCAGGGCAGCGAACCGGCACCUAGAAAAGAUAUAUCAUGGUCAGAAAGAGACAACAGGCGAGCGAGAGACGUCACGCCAAAAAAAAGUGGGGGGUGGGAGGGCGGAGGAGGCAUUUGUGCAGGAGAGGCGCACAGGCAGUAUGUGGAUAUAGCCGAGUUAGAACUUCCUUCUUCCCUCUCCCCUCCUCUUAGUUCUUCUGGCCUGCCUCCCGCCUCCCCCCAACCCCCCAUCUCUCUCUCUCUCUCUGUCUCUCUCUCUCACACACACACAUACACACACACUUGUAUUUUGUGCUGUCGUAAAACCCACGUGUCCAGCCGGGAGGCUGCCAGAGCUUGGAGCCGAGGAGCCGGGACGCGGCGGCGGCCGAGCGCAGCAGCCCACGGCGGCUCCGUCCGGCGCCCGGGUCAGCCCGCGCUCCCGCGCUCUCGGCCCGACUGCUUUCGCGCCCUCCGCAGGCCUCCACAUCCCUCGUUCGCGGCCGGGGAGGGCUCCGGGGGGCCGAUCUCUAGGGCUCUCCUAAGCUGCCCAGGGGCAUGUAGAGCACCCGGGACGCACACUCUCCCGCACGCUCAUCGAGAUACACGCACGUUCCCGCCGGAGACUCAGAGUUUUCUGCUUGAGGCGUCGGACAUGCUGAAGCCCGGAGACCCCGGCGGCUCGGCCUUCCUCAAAGUGGACCCAGCCUAUCUGCAGCACUGGCAGCAACUCUUCCCGCACGGCGGAGGCGGCGGCCCGCUCAAGGGCGGCGGCGCCGCGGGUACCCUGGGCGCGCCGCAACCUCUCCAGCCGCCGCCGCCGCCGCCUCCUCCCGAGCGCGCGGAGCCUCCUCCCGACAGCCUGCGCCCGCGGCCCGCCUCGCUCUCCUCCGCCUCCUCCACUCCGGCUUCCUCCUCCACCUCGGCCUCCUCUGCCUCCUCCUGCGCCGCCGCCGCCGCCGCCGCCGCUGCCGCGCUCGCGGGGCUCUCGGCCCUGCCCGUCGCGCAGCUGCCGGUGUUUGCGCCCCUGGCCGCCGCCGCCGUCGCCGCGGAGCCGCUGCCCCCCAAGGACCUGUGCCUCAGCGUCGCUUCAGGCCCGGGGCCCUCCAAGUGCGGCAGCGGCGGCGGAGAUGGCCGGGGCGCCCCGCGCUUCCGCUGCAGCGCCGAGGAGCUGGACUAUUACCUGUACGGGCAGCAGCGCAUGGAGAUCAUCCCGCUCAACCAGCACACCAGCGACCCCAACAACCGUUGCGACAUGUGCGCGGACAACCGCAACGGUGAGUGCCCCAUGCAUGGGCCGCUGCACUCGCUGCGCCGGCUCGUGGGCACCAGCAGCGCCGCGGCGGCCGUGCCCCCGCCGGAGCUGCCCGAGUGGCUGCGGGACCUGCCGCGGGAGGUGUGCCUGUGCACCAGCACCGUGCCCGGCCUGGCCUACGGCAUUUGCGCGGCGCAGAGGAUCCAGCAGGGCACCUGGAUUGGGCCCUUCCAGGGCGUCCUCCUGCCCCCGGAGAAGGUGCAGGCCGGCGCCGUGAGGAACACGCAGCAUCUCUGGGAGAUAUAUGAUCAAGAUGGGACACUACAGCACUUUAUUGAUGGUGGGGAACCUAGUAAGUCGAGCUGGAUGAGGUAUAUCCGAUGUGCAAGGCACUGCGGAGAACAGAAUCUAACAGUAGUUCAGUACAGGUCGAAUAUAUUCUACCGAGCCUGUAUAGAUAUUCCCAGGGGUACCGAGCUUCUGGUGUGGUACAAUGACAGCUAUACGUCUUUCUUUGGGAUCCCCUUACAAUGCAUUGCCCAGGAUGAAAACUUAAAUGUUCCCUCGACGGUAAUGGAAGCCAUGUGCAGACAAGACGCCCUGCAGCCCUUCAACAAGAGCAGCAAACUGUCCCCGGCCACCCAGCAGCGCUCCGUCGUUUUCCCACAGACUCCGUGCAGCAGGAGCUUCUCCCUCCUGGACAAGUCUGGGCCCCUUGAGUCAGGAUUUAACCAAAUCAACGUGAAAAACCAGCGAGUCCUUGCGAGCCCGACUUCCACAAGCCAGCUCCACUCGGAGUUCAGUGACUGGCAUCUUUGGAAAUGUGGGCAGUGCUUUAAGACUUUCACGCAGCGGAUCCUCUUACAGAUGCACGUGUGCACGCAGAACCCCGACAGACCUUACCAAUGCGGUCACUGCUCCCAGUCUUUUUCCCAACCUUCAGAACUGAGGAACCACGUGGUCACUCACUCCAGUGACCGGCCUUUCAAGUGCGGCUACUGUGGUCGUGCCUUUGCCGGGGCCACCACCCUCAACAACCACAUUCGAACCCACACUGGAGAAAAGCCCUUCAAGUGCGAGAGGUGUGAGAGGAGCUUCACGCAGGCCACCCAGCUGAGCCGACACCAGCGGAUGCCCAAUGAGUGCAAGCCAAUAACCGAGAGCCCAGAAUCAAUCGAAGUGGAUUAACUGAUUGACUGGUUGGAAUUAAACUGCAAGGAAAGUCAUGAUUAAAUGUCACGGACACUUAAGCAAAACCAAAGAUUUCCUCUGAGCAACUUUCAAUCAGUCCCAGAAAACCAAAAGCAGUAAUAAAAUAAGUAAGAUGUUAAGAGAUAUUGAUCCUGGCAUGGAAGUCAGACCAGGAAAGAGAUUAUUUAUUUAUGACUAGGGAUGAGACUUAUUUCAGUGGACAACUAACCUGGGAUGGCUAACGUUUCCAGUCCCACCAUGUAUUUGCUUUGUUUCUAAAAAGCUUUUUUAAACUGUUAUUUAAUACCAAAGGGAGGAAUCGUAUGGGUUCUUCUGCCCACAGUUGUGACUAAGAAUGCACAGGGACCUGUUUCUCGUUGCACCUUUUUUUAGUAGCAUGAUUCAAGGGGACCCACUGUACAGUCCUUCUUCCUGCCAUUUCGGUGUGGCCUGGCCUGGCCUGAUGCUGGCUGCCCCAGCGGGGACCACGGAAGCAGAAGCGAGAACCUUCGCUAAGUCAGUGCCAUCUUCAGCCUCACGGGCAUUCCAUUUCUGUGUUUUCCACGCUCACUUCUCAUGCACUUUUCACGUGGCUCCUUCUUUCCGGCAGCCCGAUCUUGAGGCAGAACAGCCUGGAAGAGGAAGAAGAUAGUUUAAAUUUCAAAAUUCAAGGGAAAAAUACUUUGUCCUGUCAGGAUUUCAAAAACAUGUAAAACGUAACGGAGCUUCAUAAUACAGUAUAUUGUUCCCAAGUGGCUAGUUGAGAAAAUUUUGUUUUCAAUAACAUUUUAGCUUAAAAAAAGAAAAACAAAAAUAAAGUUCUUCGGUAUGAGGCUGACCAUAAGGUAUUAGGCUUCAAGUAAUUUUUUGGUGUGUCUGUGAAAGUGUUGAAUAUGUGAGCAAAAAUAGUGCCAGCCCCAUUCAAGGUCCUUUUAGGCAGUUUCAUCUUCCUUCCUCAUGCAGCGGAAGCCUGGGAGGCCCCUUUACUCACUCCUGAAUGUGGGGGGAGCCUUUCUGCAAAAAUAGGUGAAAAUAGCCCAGACAAGGAAACAUUGAGAGGAGGAGCCACAGAGAGGACUGCCGUUAGAACAGGCUGCCCAGAAACAGCUCAUUUUAUCGGUAGGAAUUACCUUUUCAUCUCCUCUGGCCCUUGAUAGUGUUCUUCUCUCAACAUUAAUCAUCGAAAGAGAAAGAAUUCUAUACACAAUUUCACUGUUCUUUGACCAAGUGCAAGGAAAGUGAGCGUAACUUCAGGAGCCUUUUGGUAACUCAACAGUGGUGCUCAAUAAAAUUGGGUCACGUUUCAUGAAAUGAGCCAACAUCAGGAAGAGCUAUCGGCUCCUGGACUCUCGUCUGUUAGCUCCCAGCAGCAGCUCAGAGACAAGCCUACCUGACGCCCAGCGUAGUUAAACUCCACAGUUUUAUCUAGAGUGCUCCACAGCAGCAAUCUCUGUUUGAAUUUCUUGGAUUUCCUGAUAGCAGGACACAGUCCUUUAAGGAACUCCUUGUCUUUUAGCAACCCCCCCCCCCCAUUGUCUUUCCUUAACAAAAAUAUGAGACAUGUAAAUGAACUGGCUAUGAAAGGCAAAGAUACUACAUGAUUCAGUUUAAUCUGUCAUCACGUAUUCGGUUCUCAGAAAAUCUUCCUUCUCUUUUAAUUUUCUUCCCUAUCCCUUAGCACCCAACUUCCCAGGGCCUCACUAAUUGUGUUUGUAAUUUAUUUAUAUCUGUAUAUGUCAAAAUAAUCUCUAAGAUUAUGGGCCCCAAAGAGGAACCUGGAUAAUUCUGACCUCCAUUGCCCAAUCUCAAGUCACUCACCUUGAAUUUCCCCCGGGUUCUUGUUGGCUCCUUGUCACAGAAGUAGUAAGCAAUCUGUGCUGCUAUGUAACUGUUGCUGAUUGAAAAUAUUUUCUCUGGUAGAUAGGAAUGUAUUCUGAUUUUAUAUAUUCCUUGCCCUCAGUGAUGAAGACAUUCACCAAAAAUGUGUGCCAUUGGAAGGGUGGAAGGAGCAUGUAGCCAUACUAACCCGAAACCUGCAAGAAAAUGACAGAUUGGCUACACAGACGAGCAAGCUGUUUCAUUUAUUAAGGUUGAAACAUUUGGUUGUACUUUUUGAAAAUUAUAAUAAGGGACUCACCUGUAUGUUUCUAAUACUUUUUUCAGUGAGAAAAAUCUGUUCUGCCGUUUGUUUCCUUUCACAAUUGAACACAGUGCACCCCAUUCAGUUCUCGUGAGCUCCACAUGCUAGAAUGAGAAGCCUUCACUCUACCUUGAUAUCUGGUAUGGGAAGAGUUUCCAUAAUAAUAAUCUCUUCCUCUCUAAUGGUUUUGCCAGCUGAUCCCAAAGUCCUACUUAAUGUGGCAGUAACUUCUAUACCAAAAGAUUCUUCAAGCCUUCUGCUCCAUUUAAGUCUGUUUUCCACUUUUAUUAGUAAGGGAGAUUUUGGAAUGUAUUUUCCACUAAAUUUGGCCAGAAAAUAUUUUCUACCUAACAAAUAGAAAAUUGGGAACAUUCACAGUUUUUGCAUUACUGAGCCAUUGCCAGCUUCCAGCAGACCAGCCCAGGCCGUCUGUUCAUGAGAUGGGCCUACACUUGCAGAUUGGCUUGGAGACUGAAGCACAUACUGAGAUUACUUGGGUCCCAAAUGUUUUUAAUUGGAGUAUGUGCUGGGGAGAGGUUUCUCCUUAAAACCUCUCAACAACUGCUUUCGCCUUUUCUAUUUAAAAUUGACAGAUAGUCACUUGGGACACUGCAAAUGGGUGGUAGAAACUGCAGUCACAAAGAUUUGCCAGUCUCCCUUAUUAGCAGCUUCCUAAUUAAUCACGGUGCAAAGAGAAUAGCUCUGACUUAUUGAGGAAAGGGGAGGCUAUCAGAGCUGAGUAGUGUUUCGCUCCUGAAGCCAUCCCUCUUUGCCCUUUUCCUUCAAUGGGGACAGAUUUUUUAUUUUCCAGAUUAGAUUUAGCAUCCUAGCACAUGCUUGUUUGUCUCGCUAAGAGUCUAAGCCAAAGGAUAGUGCAAGGUGGGGCUGCAGACAUCACAUUUCUAGAAAAAUCUCAGUAACCUUAGGCAAAGCAGAACAUUUUCCCUAAGCAAUGUGCAUGAAUUUUUAAGCUUUUCAUUUUGGUUCUCUUUAUCUUUAAAAAUGACUUUUUUAGGGGGGAUAUGCUUUUAUACAGUUAUUGUAUGAUAAUUAAAGCUGUAAAACUAAAUCUUGUAUAAUUGAUAUAAUUUGAUUCAAUUAGUAAAUAUUUAUUGAAUGUCCAUUCAAGUGUAGUCUUAUGGAGGAAACUGUGUAUAACAGAAAAAGAUUAUGAUACACUCUGUCCUCAGCGGGCUUACAAUUUAUUGUACCUUGGAAAAACUUCAUUCUAGUCCAGAUGUAUGAAGAUUUACCAAUAUUUACCAAAUCAUCAAAUUUUUUCAUCAGUUGAUUGGUUCAUUGUUUCAUCCAUUUAUUCAACAAAUAUUUAUUGAAGUUUUGUUUUGUAUAAAGAGCCCAUUUUAGAUGUUUGCCAUAAGCAGCUUUAUUUAAGUGACUAUUGGUAAGAAAAUAAUAUUCCUGUAAGUGACUGACUGAUAGCAUGGGUAUUUUAGUCCUUUGGACUGUUGUCUCAGUGAACUUACAGAGAUUACUGCAACUGGGAGAAUCAGAAAGAUGUAAACUCAGCUGGGGACCAGAAGGUAACAAAUUUCAAAACAAAUUAAGAUACACAACUUGAUUAUCUUUGGUUGACUCACUGGGCUGUUGGUUCUUAGCAACAAUAUAGAGAUACUAGGAUUAGGGCCAGAGUCUUGGAGUUUUUAUGACCCUAUUCCAGUGAUAAGGCAACAAAUGGAGAGAGGGCUGGAGUUGCUCAGGGAAGGAACUCUGCAGACCCUGCAUGGGUCUGAAGGGCCUCAUUAGUGACAAGCCUUGACAAUGCAGCCCCUGUCCCCAUUGUGUGGCUGUGGUGCUCUCAGAGUUGAGGGUCUCCUAAAUGGCACUCAGAAGCUUCAGAGAACGCUGUCAGAGUAGAUAUCCACCACUGGUUUAAAAAUAGCAGUUGUUUGGUUAAGUUUGUUUUUGAACCUCGCUAUCAAGCUCUUUAUGCACUAAAACAGGAGGAUCUUCUUCUUCAGUGGCACCACCUCCAAGGCCCCAGAUCUCUGGUACAUCAUUGCAAAGCUAAUUGCUAGUAAUUGGUUAUAAGAGUUAUUCAUGUAAGAAACCAAUAUUUAAUUGCUUUUCAUAGCAGAAGUAGCAUCAUUACUGUAUUUGUUUUGCACUAAAUUAAAAAAUCAAAUGCAGGUAUCUGUUGAGUUGUUUAAAAUGGGAAACAUGGCACAUCUCACAAGUAAGGCAUUUCCAGAACAGCA